AUGGAAUCAGGAGAAGUAAACAUAGCUUUGUCCAUGCCAGCUACUCAAAGUUCAACGUAUGAAAAUCCAGACAUUUAUGGUGCAACCUUUGCGACUGAUGGACUUGUCCCUAAACUGCAAUAUGGAUACUUGUGUACUCAUACGCGCGGUGAAUUUACCCCAUGGCUUAGCAUUGAUCUUCAAGAUAUGUUUAAGAUAAAGAAAGUUGUUUUGGUUAACAGACAAGAUGAAAAUGAUAGUUUCAGAUUUUUAAAAUUGUUUUUAUUUGCAGGUCAGAGAUUGCAUGACGUUGAAGUGAGAGCUGGUCUAGACGGUGUAUCGUUUCCUGGAAUCUGUGGAACCUUUGUAGGACCUGGUUUUACAGGACAAAGCGUUAAUAUUUUAUGCCAGAAGAAAACAAUUGGACGAUUUGUCCGUGCACAGAUCGUAAAAGGAGGUCCCGAGUAUUUAACCUUGUGUGAAAUGGAGAUUUAUACUGAUAAAUGA